AUGGCUACCAAAGUAAUGACAGCCACCGCCCGCAAUGGCGAGUCUGUGGCUGCCGACGCCGACUACACGUACUGGGAGAAGCACUGCGCCCCUAUUCUGAGUUCUCUGCUGAAGUCUACUGGGAGUUACUCGCCCGCGGAGGAAGAGGCGCAACUCCGCCUACUGUCUGACUAUGUGCUGCCGCACCUUGGUCCGCGGCCCUCAAAAGCCCACACCAAGUCUCACUUGACACAGAGCGGCUCUCCUUUCCAACCAUCGAUCAACUUCAGCGCCGUCAAACCGCGCGCGCGCUACUGCUGGGAGCCUCUGGGACCCCAUGGCGGCAGCGAAAGCGACCCGUUUGCAGUCCAGGCAGGCCAAGAGAUAAUAUCUUCCCUCUUCAAGACUUUUGGGUUCUACUCUGGAUGGAAGGAUUCGUUCAUGACGACCUUUGCUCCGUCGCCCGACGAAGUCCAGGCGACUCAAGCCAAGCUGUCAGGAUGGAUAGCGGAGCAGCUGCCGCCAGGAGCAAGUUUCCCUCCUCUGGACAGAGUUCCCUUUACUUUUGUUGCUUUUGAAUUGAAGGGCGCCGGGGCCGCUGUCAAAGCGUAUUUCAACCCCAAGACAAAGGAAAUCGCGACCGGCAUAUCGCCGAACGAGAUGACUUGGAAUUUGCUUCGCAACUUGAAGCCCGCCCUCAAUCCAGCUUCAUUGGACAUGGUAGCGGAUUUCCUCACGAAUCGCCCAGUGCCCUCGGCCAUCGAGCUGCUGGGCAUCGAUUGCGUCGACGAAGCCAACAUGGCAGACGCGCGCGUCAAGCUCUACGUCCACACCAGGAACAACUCGUUCAACACGGUCCGCGACUACUUGACCUUGGGCGGCCGUCUCCAAGACAAGCGCACCUUGGACGGGCUCGACGCCUUGCGGAAAAUCUGGCACCUGCUCCUCCAGGAGCCGGAAGGCAUCACCGACGACGACUAUGACAAGCCUCUCUACAGUGGCUCCGUCUUCUACCAGAAGGCAUAUUUCAGCUUUGAGCUGAGGCCGAACAGCGAGCUCCCAGAGGUGAAAACCUACUUGCCGACGUGGCACUACGUACGAAGCGACGAGGAGACGGUACAAAACUACGAGGAAAUCUUUCGCCUGUGCGGGCAAGAAUGGGGACAGGACGGGAGGUACAAGAUGGUCUUUGAAGAUGCUUUCGGCCCCGUGAAGCACAACCGCCCAACGCCGGUCCAUUGCGAUGCGUCGUUUCUAUACUCCGAGGAGAAGGGCAUAUACCAGACACUGUACUACAGCCCGCCACUCGAAGCCGAGAAUUAG